CUGGGAAGAAGAACGUUCAGCACAGCAAAACACAGCAUUUUGGUCCAAUGGAGCUCCCCGACCUCACCAGCGACUUGACCAGCGAUCUCCAAGAGGUUCUUGCCGCCGCUGACCAGCGCACCAAGAGCCGACUACGCGCUAAGCGCUUGUAUUACAAGAAGCGGAAUCUGCUGGACGAUCUCCAGCGAGAUGUCGACGCCCUGGAGGCCGAAUACGAGCGUCUACUGGCUGUCCAUCAUCAGCGAGAUGCGCAGCCGACGCCUGAGGCCGUCAAGCUGGACCCCAGCGGCGCCGUCCACCGCGCGUACGUGCAGUUGUCACAGGUGAAGAGCGCGCUGUCCAAGGAAAACGUGGAGCUCAAGCGACUGCACGCCAACUACCAGGAAAUGGAGAGACAGAUUACGCAGUUAGCAGCCGCCCAGCAGAAGGCCCUGAGGCUGGCGGAAGAGGAGCAGGAACACAAGAGGAGGAACCCCAUGAUCCAGGUGAACCCGUUGACACAGGACCAGUGCGCGGAGAUCGCGCGGAAGUCCUAUCUAGAGAUUAAGGCGUUCCGGGAGAGUGACACGUGCUUCUCCACAGGAACGAGCGUGCUGGGCUGGCGAGAUCGACACGUUCUGCGCCAAAACAAGCUCAUGUUCUCGCUCGAGAAGACGUUCCAGGGCCGGGCAACCGACAUGAUGGCGAGGAAUAUCUGGGAGAUCCUGUCGCUGCCUGAGCCCAUUGUGAUCAUGCGUCCUCGAGAUGCGAAAGUGCAUUUCCACGUCGUGCAGAGGCUGAACGAGGACGCCGUCGUGUACUACUACACGCUGGAGCGCGAGGACACGGACGUUCGAGUCCGAGCAUUCAUCUUGGCCAUGCGCGUGGAUCUCGGAGAGGACGGGUGUAUGGUGAUUCUGCGCAACUUGGAUCCUAAGACCUAUCUACAGCACGAUGGAGACUGCACAGCACCUGUACGUCGAGGACGUCGGAAGGUGGAGCCGCACAAAGAGAAUUUCUGGCUGGAUGUGUUUGUGUGGAGCUUCUACGAGUACGCGGGCGAGCAGCUGGACGACUGUAAACAGACUUUUGGUGGAGAAAUUCAAGGCACAACACUCGCGAGUCCAGGAUGGUGGUCGAUUGAAAUAUUAGAGAUGGCUCUGCGCAUGGAAAGCAGAGGGGCUGGCUCUCGGGGACUACUGCGAUGGUAGCACAGUGGAAAGGUAUGCAAUAUUUGUUUAUCGAUAAUGUAGCAGUCUUAUACAAGUUGUUGGUUUCGAAGGCAAAAGGGUAUAACUAGCGUUUAAUGGAAUACGAUACGUAUCAUGCCAUCAAAC